AUGUCAGCCUCGCGCAGGGGAACACAAGAUUCGACGUCGCAAGGUGCUUCAGCCAAAUCAGGCUCAGUCCUUGCCGCCGCCUUUCAAUACACCGAACCGAGUCGGCCUUCCCACUCUGCCUCCCGUUCGAGAUCAUCAAGCGUCCAUCACGCGGGCAUGAGUGGCCUCUCGCCACGACGCCGCGCUCAGCAGGCUGCUAUGAACAGCUAUGUCGCCAGCACCGAUCUGCCUCCACCUCCACCGCCUAUCUUUGUCCGUGCCCUGUAUAACUAUGAAGCCGAUGACCACACCAGCUUGAGCUUUCGCCAGGGAGAUAUAAUCCAGGUCUUGACCCAGUUAGAGAGUGGCUGGUGGGAUGGCGUGAUCAACGACGUUCGGGGCUGGUUCCCUAGCAAUUAUACCGCCGAGAUCACAAAUCUGGACGAACUGAGCGAGGCCGGUCUGGGAGUCCAUGAUGAGAGUGAGACCGGGUCAGGCACCGAGGAAGACUAUGAUGAAGACGAGGAAGAUUCAGACGCUCACACUCAAGAUGAGGACUCGGACUUGCCGAUCGAAGGUGGCCAUUCCCAGGCUCAGGAAGAGGCGGCGUUUUGGGUUCCUCAGGCGACCCCGGAUGGCCGAUUGUUCUAUUUCAACACACUCACUGGUGUCAGUACAAUGGAAUUGCCGUUGGAGACGCCAACAAGUUCGGAUGAGAGCGGACCACGCGAUCGAAACAAUUUUCAUGUACCGGAGCAAACAAGGCCACCGCCUGAGAUGAUGGCAGGAGGGUACGCGCACAAUGAAGAAGACUACGAUGGAUCUGCCUCUGAGGCUGAUGGCGAACAAUCAUUCCUGUCUUCACGCAAGAAAGGGUCCGGUUCUAUGACAUCCGCUAGCAUCUCAACCUCAACCUCCAUGGACUCCCUUAACGUAAGUUCAGCCAGACAACUUGGAAGCCAAGCACCCAACCUUUUUACCACCACCUUUGAGUCUCAGCUCAAUAUGUCAAUGGCCCUGCCUCCUCUGGGCACCAGCUCGACUUCAUUCGCCGUAGGGCUGCCUCCAAAACUGUCCAAAUCUCCCACACCCCGAUUUUUCCUCGACGACGGAGGUGUCACUGCUGUCACAUGGAACACCUUGGUGGAGAAUAUGCGCACUGCAAUUGAAGCCUAUCGUCAUGCGAUCCGCGUCCGCGCGCGCGCAGACUAUGUUCGAAGGGCAGAAGACAUUUCCGAUCAUCUUCGCAUGCUGCUCGCCGCAGGAUCAGGGACUACGGAUAAUCACUCGGGAAACCCUUCCAUCAUAUCGUCAAACAAGGCACUGUAUCCUCACUUUCGGGAGAUGAUGUCCAAGUUCUCAAAACUCGUCCUGUCCUCACAUAUCGCCGCCGCCGACUGGCCAGGGCCUGACGCAUUGCCAAAAUGUCUGCAAGAAGCCGAUGGUGUGAUGAAUGGGGUGUAUGGCUAUGUAGAGGUAGCCCGGCAGCAGAGAGGCGAAGAGAUUCCGCGAUUGUUCCCUGGCUUUAUAAUGGGCAGUACCGUCGGAGGGAGCUGGCGAGACAACAAUAUCGAAAGCCAAACAAACUUGGAUGAGGUUUCGUUUAUGGAUUCCAAUGAUGAGAUCGGCUACCGGCCAUCCGAACCACUCGACGCGAACCUCCUUCGACGCAUCGAAGAUUCCAAGAAGAAUUUAUCAGCUGCGAUCCGUCGUCUUGAGGAGGUUUUGGUACUCACCGAGAAGAUCGUCACUCCUGCGCGGCUAGCUGCGAUCGGAGAUACGGUCUGUCAAGGAGCAGGACUGGUUCUCGAACAGUUUCGACCCUGGAUCUCCCACGUCGAGUCUAUCGACCUCUCCGUGCUGGGAAAUGUGUUCCAGAAACCAUCACUGGUGGAUUUUGGAUCGCAGAAGCAAAAGGCCUAUGAUUCGAUUGGUGAAUUGGUGGCAACUUGCCAGGCUGUCACUACGCCACUUCCGGACGAAUGGGCUGAAGUUCGUAGCGAAUCGCUGGAUAUUCGCAUUAACAACGUGCGAACUGCUUGCCAGCAGCUUGACACUCACGUGGCCAAUGUGGGCUACGCGUUGGAGCUAUUGCUCCCUGCCACCUCCCUUAAUCCAGCUAUGGCUACUAACAAGCGGGAGAACCGCGUGACAGACGGAGGUGAAACCUAUCAGACUCAUCAUCUUCGAUCCGAUUCGAAGCAUGCUGCAAAUCUGCGCCCUGCGCUGGCAGAUGUCGGUCAGUCAAAGUCAUACACGCUUGGUGAGGAUCCAAUGGCAGAUAAACUGCGCCGACCACCAACCAAGGACAAAGCAAGGCAAUUCUUUGGACAAAUCCCGCCGGAUUUGAAUCCCGUCAAAGCCCCUGUUGAGCCAAGCUUCCCCGCGGACGAAGUCCCCUGGUAUUUGCAGCUCGACCACGCGGACGAAGUUACUUAUGAUACCAAAAACGACCCUCCGCAAGUCAAAAGUGGCACGCUUACUGGCCUUGUCGAGCAACUUACUCGACAUGAUCGGCCGGAUACGAACUUCACGACGACCUUCUUACUCACCUACCGUUCUUUCACGUCAGCUUCGGAGCUCUUUGAGCUUCUGGUGAGGCGGUUCAACCUUCAACCACCUGCCGGCUUAAAUCGAGACGAGUAUACCAUUUGGGAAGAGCACAAGCAGAAGCCAGCGAGAUUUCGAGUAUUGAACAUCCUCAAAUCGUGGCUGGAGCAAUAUUGGAUGGAGGCCGACGAUGGCAAUAGUCAAGCAUUACUUGAACGAAUGCUGGCUUUUGCGAACCGCACAUAUACCACGACAAAGAUUCCGCUGGCAAAGGCUUUGACCACCAUCAUCGAUCAGCGAUUGAAAGGAGGAGAGGCGUUGUCCAAGAAGCUUGUGUUGACUCUCACUAAUUCCGCCCCGGCUCCUAUUCUACCCAAGAACAUGAAGAAACUCAAAUUUCUGGACAUCGAUCCUAAGGAAUUUGCGCGGCAACUGACCAUCAUUGAAUCGAAACUCUAUGGCAAGAUCAAGCCGGUAGAAUGUCUGGCCAAGACAUGGGAAAGGAAGAGCAAGUCGGACAGCAGCGAUACUGCUCCCAAUGUGCAAGCUCUCAUUCUACACUCAAACCAGUUGACUAAUUGGGUUUCUGCAAUGAUUUUGGCACAAUCAGAGGUCAAGAAGAGAGUGGUUAUCAUCAAACAUUUUGUGCUGAUUGCCGAGCAAUGCCGCAUAUUGAACAAUUUCUCGGCUGUAACAGCCAUCAUUUCAGCACUCGGCACUGCCCACAUAGUCCGACUGAGUCGAACCUGGCAAUCUGUCAACCCCAAGACAAACGCAAUCCUCGAGUCCAUGCGCAAUCUGAUAGCAUCGUCGAAGAACUUUGCACUUUACCGCGAAACACUACGCCAGGCAACACCGCCGUGCAUUCCCUUCUUGGGUGUCUAUUUGACCGACUUGACGUUCAUCGAGGAUGGGAUUCCGUCACUUACCAAGAACACAGAGUUGAUCAAUUUCGCCAAACGGACCAAGACUGCCGAAGUUAUUAGAGACAUUCAACAGUAUCAGAAUGUGCCUUAUAGUCUCCAUCCAGUUCCCGAAUUGCAGGAGUGGAUUUCCGAGAACAUGAAGAAUGCUGGUGACUCCCACGACGACAUGUUCGCCCAGAGUCUCAAGGUUGAGCCACGCGAGCGAGAAGAAGAGAAAAUUGCUCGGCUACUGUCCGAAUCGGGAUUCCUGUGA